GGCGCAUGCUGGCGGGGGCGCGCGAGGCAGUAGAGGACGCGCAGGCGCGGGCGCACGGUGCGCAGGCUCACGAGACCACGGGGCGGGGCUAGGGUCCCCGCUGGCGGCUUGGAUCUGCAAGAGGCGACUUCUCAGGUCUGUGCGUGGCCUGCGCUUGGAAGGGUGGAGGGGGGCUGGAGGGGGGCUUGAGGGGGACUUUUUUUGGGGGGAGGGGGCCCGUCCGGAAAGGGGGCGCUAUGGCCUCUGGAGGGCGCUGAGAGGCCGGUAUGUGGACUUCGCCUGGGUGAGGGUGGUGCUGUCUGGCGGCUGGCCGGGAAACCAUGAGUAGAGGAUCUGAAGUCCACAUUUUUUGGGGUGCUCCAAUUGGCCCAUUGAAAAUGACAGUAUCACAGGAACCAACUUCUUUAGUGUCCAGUGCUAAUCCCUGGAAAAAAAUUCAGCUUUUAUACAAUCAACAUUCUUUACAUCUGAAGGAUGAAAAAUGCAAGAACGAAAAUCUUGAAGAUUUUCAAGUCCUAGAAACUACUGGCCCUCCAGAUCUUCCUAAUGGUCAUUUCUCAGCAAACUCAAUGAAUAGAUCUGUUCAUGUGAAAGAUGACUUUAUACAUUGUGUUUCUGAAACACAGACUCAAAAAUUCCAGAUGAGUCAUCCCUUAUGGAUGAGUGAUAAAACUAACUCUGAUGUCCAGCUGUGUGCAUGUAAGGGCAGAGUGCAGCAUUUAACUGAAGAAGAAAAGUAUCAAAAGCUUUUCAGUGUAAGUAAGAAAAUCACAGUUGAACAGCAUAAAGAUCAAUUAAAUAUAUGUGGUCAAAAUGUCCAAAAAAAUAUCUUUCAGUUAGACCAUAAGUGUGUAGCUAUAUUGGAUUUGGUCUGUAGCACUGAACAGAUUAAUAUAGGGUCAGGAGCUAUUGAAACAACAUAUAUAACAACAGAACAUCAAGAAAUACAAAACCAAUGUCUGGAAAAGAAUUCCUCUAACACAAUAGAUAAGCCAAGGCCUGAAGGAGCAGUUAGGAAGGCCUCAGACCUUAAAGUAUCUACUGAUACUGAAUUUCUCAGUAUAAUGACCUCCAGCCAACUAGCUUUUUUAGCUCAAAGGAAGGAUAAAGGGGGUAAUUCUAUAAAUAAAGGGAGGUUAAACAUGGAGCUUGGAUCAGAAGCAAGUCUUGGGGAAAUAAAAAUAACUGAAGAUAAUUUGAUUCAGCCUGAUGAUGCUUUUGUAGAAAGAUAUGAAAGUAGACAAAACCAAGCAUAUUCCCUUGAAGUUUUUAGUCCUGUUUUUCCUGAAACAAGGAGUAGUCACAUUCAUAUAAACUGUGAUAAAGGCUUUGAAGGAAAUAUGAGGUCUCAAGGACUUUUUAAUUUUGAAGAUAAACUGCCAUCAAAUGAGAUAUGUAUUGAGUCAUGUACCUCAGGAAUACUGUGCUCCCAAAUAAAUGCUUUCCACAAAAAUUCUGUUAAAAGAAAUUGGAUCUCUGAAGAUAAACUGGGCCAUCGUAAAGUCUUCCAAGUUUCUAAAAAAAUUAAGUUGGUUUCUAAUGCAGGAGAUCCUACUACAAGGGACCAGAGGAGUGUGUCUAAAUUUAAGGGUAUUAAAAAAACAUCAUUAAUAAAAAAUUGUAAUUCUAAAAGUCAGAAGUAUAAUUGUUUAGUCAUGGUAUUAUCUCCAUGUCAUGUGAAAGAAAUAAAUAUAAAAUCUGGACCAAAUUCUGGCUCUAAGGUGCCUUUAGCAACAAUUGUGAUAAUUGACCAAUCAGAAAUUAAAAAGAAAGUUUUUCUGUGGAGGACUGCGGCAUUUUGGGCACUUACACUGUUUCUUGGAGAUAUAAUUUUACUUACAGAUGUUAUUAUUCAUGAAGGUCAUUGGAUUGGUGAGACAAUACUACAAUCAACAUUUACUAGUCAAUUAUUAAAUCUUGGGAGUUAUUCAUCUGUCCAGCCUGAAGAAUAUUCCAGUAUAGUCAGUGGUGUUGUACUUCAAGACUUACUGGCAUAUGUAUCUUCAAAACAUUCCUAUCUCAGAGAUCUUCCUCAGAGGCAGCCUCAGAAAAUGAGCAGUAUAGAAUUUGUAGAAUUGGAGCAGCUUCAGCCUGAUGUGUUAGUCCAUGCAGUACUAAGAGUCAUUGAUGUCACUAUACUGACAGAGGCAUUAUAUAGUUAUAGAGGAGAGAAGCAAAUGAAAGUUAUGUUAACGGUGGAACAGGCCAAAGGUCAACAUUAUGUACUUAUAUUAUGGGGUCAUGGAGCAGCCUGGUAUCCUCAACUUCAAAGGAAGAAAGAUUAUAUUUGGGAAUUUAAAUAUCUUUUCGUUCAGCGCAAUUGCAUCCUAGAAAACCUAGAAUUACAUACAACACCUUGGUCAUCCUGUGAGUGCCUGUUUGAUGAUGAUAAAAGAGCAAUUUCAUUUAAAGCAAAAUUUCAAAAAAGCAUGCCCUCUUUUGUGAAGAUAUCAGACUUAGCAACACACCUGGAGGAUAAAUGUUCAGAAACGGAUGAGAACAAGAUCUACAAACAGUGUUUUAGCUGCUUGCCAUGUACUAUGAAGAAAAUAUACUAUAGGCCAGCUUCAAUGACCAUAGUUGAUGGAAUCCACAAGGUUUGCAUCCACGUGGGAUCAAAGCUGAUAGAGAAGAUUCUUCUAAACAUUUCUUCCGACGGGCUGAGCAGAGUUAUAGCCCCUUCCUCAGAGAUCACCUACGGCAUGGUUGCAGCAGACUUGUUCCACUCCCUGCUGGCAGGCGGCGGUGCACCUUGUGUAGUGAAGGUGCAAAGCCUCUUUGUGUUAGAUGAAAACAGCUACCCAUUGCAACAAGAUUUCUCCCUACUGGAUUUUUUUCCUGAUGGUGUAAAGCAUGCAUCCUAUGCCCUUCCCUGAGACCAGAUGAAGAAACUGCAAGAACUUUAAGGAAGACAACUGAAAUGAUUUGUUUUUUGAAACAAGUGAAUGAGAGGGCUUUUGCCUGGGGUUUUUAAAUAUACAGGUGUGGGCAAAAGUAGGCCUACAGUCGUUCCUGUGCAAAAUAAAUAAAAUAUAAUAUACAAGAAUAAACUGUUUUAUAUACUCACAGCUAUAAACCUACUUUUGCCCAUCCCUGUAUUUUAUAAAGAGCUAAAUAAAUAUAUUUUAUAAAUAUCUAAAUAUAUAAAUUAAAACUUUUUUUCUCAGAAAAUUCUGUUAGAAUUUUUGUUUUUGUCUUUUCCUUUCUUCUAAGGCAGUGAUUUUCAACCUUUUUCAAUUCAUGGCACAUGUUAACUAAUUACAAAAAUUCUGCAACACACCAAAAAAAUUCUAGACUUUGUCUAUCUGACAAAUAGGUAUAAUUUUGAUUUAUUCACACCAGACGGCUAUUGUGUUGGCUGUUGUCAUUUUUUUUGUUUGUUUGACAAUCUAAGAGAAAAGAGAUCAGUGUCCCUGACUAAAUAGUCAGGUAUUGCAUGUUUUAAAAAUUCUUAUGACACACCAGUUGAAAAUUGCUGUUCUAGAGAAAUGAUCUAGUAAUAAAGGCAACCCAUCCCCUUUGAAAUUAAAGUUCACUUUAUAUCGUCCUUGCUACAUUCCAGUCACUAUGCUAAGUACUGGGGAUGCAGAUGUAAACCAUUUCCUCAGGAAUUGCUUUUCUGCUCUACUCGCAAACUCUGUUUUCCCUUAUUCCGAUUUUAAUGAACUAUCAACAUGAGGUGGUUUCCUUAAUUAUAACUCUACACAAUAAUGGAUUAGUGCAUAUAAGCCUAUGUUUAGACAAGUUCAAAAUAAGCAUGUCUUUUUAUAAAGAAGCAUUGAAAAUGAAGGAAACAAGGUCAUGUUUCCUUAUAUAAAGGGAAGAAGAGAGUCAUUAUCAGUUCGCUUCUAGGAUUUGACUGCCUUACUGAAUUUACUUACCAAAAAACAUUUAGCAAUUUGUUUUAUCAUUAUGAUUAUAGAAGAAGCUCAUAUGAAAUGGUAAUCACCAAUGAGGAAAUAUGUAGUGAUAUUUAACCUAUAAGUUUAGAGUAUGUUGAGAAUUCAUAGAUUAAUAAUGUUGCUUGAACAAUUAAAUUCAUGAUGAAAUGAACAAGUCUAUUUUACUA